UUACAUCAGCAAAGGAGAUGUCAGGGAUCGGUGUGUGUGCUGGCAUGUGGUUGCCUUAUGUUUCCCUAAGGCUUGGAGUGAAAUGCAUCCCCUAAAGUAAACCAAAGGAGGCUCCAGGAUCAGGAACAACACUGCCUAUGUGGUGCUCUAUUUGUGGAUGAGUGUCCGGCUCUGCUGACCUGUGAGAGGGCAGGGCAGUGAGUCCAGUCAAGGUGAAGAGGGAGCAAAAGAGGAUCGUGUGCGUCUGUUUCUGACAUGUCUGUGUAAGUGAACUGCAUCCACUGAUCUACCAUGGAAUAUGAUUUUCACAGAAAGAGGACAGUAAAAUCGGUCUUACAAGCAAGCUGUUAUAAAGUGGCAGAUGCUGCAGAACUUGCUUUGCUGACAAGGCGUUUGUGCCAGGAAAUGGGACAGACAAACCUGAAUCUCCUUCAAGACAUCCCUUUGUGUCACACUUUAACUCUGCGGCCAGCUGUCACUGUUGAAAGCAAGCUGAUCCCAUCAGUACAGACAUUGGAGGCUGAAAGGAUGUUUGAAUCCAAAAGAUUGAAUAAGAUUGACCUUGAAAACAAGACUGCUCAGCAAACUGAGUCUGACCUGAAGGGCAAGAGAAUUGGUGCAAGAAGGCCAGUUCCACCCUUCUGAUGGCCUCAUGCCUGGCCCAGAUCUUUGAAGCCCUGGCUCCAGUCUCACUCAGGCCUCUUAGUUAGAACGUCUGCCAGUGCCAACAGUGCAAAUCGUGGCCUCACUUUGCGCCAUUGUAACAGAUCAUCGCCAGCAAACAACGACCUUCAGAAAAAUUCUGCUGUGAGUAAGGACUUCAAGAACUGGCCCAUUACUGCCAGGAAUCCUCAUGACUCAACACUUACCUGCCUAGCAAGGAUGGGCUGCCACAGCUCGGUUUGUAAUACACAGAAAAGCUGGAUGUAGGAGAUGACUAGGUCAUGAAUAAAUUCCAUCCUUGUGCCAGUCCCUUCACAACCAUUUU